AUGUAUCAGUAUACAAUAGAAGCACCGACUGAUGCGAACACGGUGCAAAUCACUGGUACUUUUGACAACUGGUCCAAGAGUCUUCCAGAAAUUACUACAGAACCGUUUGAACAAACUAUUGAACUUGCUGAGAAACAAGAUAUUGUAUUCAAGUUUAUCAUAGAUGGCAAUUGGACAACCCUUGAUUCAUACCCUGUUGUUACUGAUGAACAUGGAAAUGCUAACAAUGUUGUGAAUGCUGAGCAUUUAAUCUUGGUUGAAGAGGAAAAGGAAGAAGAUCCUAAAAUUAAGGACAGUUUGAAACUUGAUGAUGAAGGAAGUGAGGUUGUCCAAGUGGAGAAUCCUGUUGUUUUAGCUGUAACUGACGGAGAAGAAGAAUCAAGCAAUGUCAAGGAUAAGGUGAUCGAUGACGGUAAGCGUGGUGGUACAAAGGUUAGCCAAGAUCUGUUUGCACUUCACGAAGAGGAAGAGAAUAUUAAGGAAUAUGAGGCACCUGAAUCAGCUAAAAAUGAAGCUCUGGCUGCUCACACUGGUACUGGAAUUGAUCCUACAUCAUCUUCGUCCUCUUUUGCAGCAGUUUCAAGUCCACCCACCUCUUCCGAUUUUGAGCAUAUUAAUGGGUCACCCAGUGCAGAGGAAACCACUACCCAUGAGAGUAAAACACUUGGCAGUCAAAUUGGCAGUCAAAUUGGCCCUCAAGAAACUAAGUCCACUACAAAGCCGCCAGCUACUGCUAUCUCUUCAACCACAAAUGCAACUGCUGGGAAGAAGCCAGAAAAACCCACUUUGUUGGCGCAUCCUUCAGAAUCUACUCUUAGAGCACCAGCAUCAUCAGGUAACCAUACACCAGUUGGUGAAUCAAGCUCGUCAUCAACCACAUCUAACGCACCAGAGUCGUCUAACUAUCCACCAAGAAUCCCUGGAUCGUUUGAUAGUAGACCACAGCUUGAGAGACAAACUAGUGGUGGUAAGAAACGAGAAAGUCUUAUUUCCAAAUUCAAGAGUUUGUUCAAAUAG